GAUGACUGAGCACUUCCGCUGGAAAGAGAACACACCUCUUACUACACCUGUUAGACGUGGGAGGACUAGGAGGGGUGGAGGAGCCAAACCUGCAGGGGUUUAGAAGAGGAAGAAAACUUUAGAAACUUAAAAGACUCUGCAACCUUCUUAGAGUUCCAAAGCAGAAUUUGGGGUCUGCUAGCAUGAGUGUGAUCAGCAGCAGUGGGAAGCAGGUGACCAGCAGUCUGCAGAGUCGCUGGGCGCAUACAUUCAAGGAAAGAAUAGCUCCCAUCAGCAAAAAUGACCAGUUGUCGCCCAUCAUCCAGCUAAAUAUUGGAGGCGAAAUAUACACAACGACACUGAGCACCUUAAAGAAAUGCCCAGGGUCUAAACUCUAUGAUAUGUUCAAUGGCCAGCCAAAAUUACGCACUGAUUCAGAAGGCCGGUUCUUCAUUGACAGAGAAGGGAAGAACUUCAUAUACAUAUUGGAAUAUCUGCGGAGCAGCCAGGUGCCCACCCAAUGUAUCCAAGAGGUCUACAAAGAGGCAUUGUUUUAUGAGAUUGAACCACUGGUAAAAAAGUUAGAAGAAACACCACAGAUCUUUGGUGAACAAGUUGGUAGGAAACAGUUCUUAGCCCGAGUACCCAACUACAGUGAGAAUAUUGAAGUAAUGAUUCGAAUUGCCAGAGCAGAGGUUAUAGCAUCUAGAUAUUCCAAUGUGAUUGUGUGCAUUGUACGGUCUGAGGAAGAUGCUUCCAAGUGUCACGAUGCCUUGAACACACUUGACAUGGACAAAGAGUCUGUGGUGAAGUUUGGUCCAUGGAAGGCCUCACCAGGAAUUACCGACCUUCUGGACUGCAUUAAGGUGGACAUCGAAGACAAGGGAUACAAAGUAUCUUACAAGGCUUAUGUUGUUGACAAAGGUUUCCGGAUGAAAUACUAUGACUUUAUUUAUAAAUUUGUGUUUACGUGGUGGUAAAGAGACCAUAUGAAUUAAACCUUACGUGACUUUACUUUUUGUGUCCAAAAGCUGGACCAAGAAAACGCAUUCCUCUUGAUGUUUACACCACAUCAUUUUAACUCCUCCUGACAUAGGGUUGUUAAAUGAAUUACUAUAUUUAUAUAUGGAUAAUAAACUUUCCUUUUAGUAUGGGAUGAGAUUUUAAGCUAAGACUUACUGAUUUCAGAUCUUAAAAGACCGGGGGGAAAUGGGUUUCAUCAUUGCAGACAAAUUACUGAGCUACUGUAAGAAUCUAAGUGCCAAAUUCACAAUUGUAGACACUGAUUUUGUUGCUGUGGGAUAUGUAUGGGUUUUCCCAAAUAUAUUUUACAAAAUGUCUCCCCCUCUCUCUCU